AGCUAUAACCAAUACAGAAAAUACUAAGUAGGGGAAAUGUUUUAAUACCAACCACACAAGCAUUAGCUAAUUACUUUGAUAAUCUAACGAUAAUUCUUUUCCAAUGUAAGUAAGAAUUUGAGUUUGACUUACAUAAUAUAUAGGUUGGUAGGUUAAGAGAUUAAAGAUGGUUAUGUCACAUUUUGAAACAAGAAAAAACACCUACGCAAGCAUUAACACGAGCUCCAUGGUCAAGCCCCCACCUCUUUUCCUCCUAGCCACGUUUUUGCCUUUGGUUCCAUGCAUUCAUGCUUUUGAAUUCCUUUAUGAAGUCACCCUUCUUUAAUCUGUCUUGACUCUUCUUUUGGAGCCAUACUAUAUCUUCACAACUCCAUUGUCUCCUUUCCUUCACAAGUUCAACAAUUUCAAUGGAUUCUGAGCACAGGAGAGUUAAUGUUCUGCUUCUUCCAUGGCUAGCUCAUGGCCACAUUUCCCCCUUCCUGGAACUAGCCAAAAGGCUUGCUACUAGAAACUUUGAUAUCCACUUUUGUUCUACACCCUUCAACAUCACUUCAAUCAAGCAAAGAUUACUUCCUCCAAAUUCCUCUGCUUCAAUUCAUUUUGUGGAACUCCAUCUUCCACCGUCACCAGAGCUUCCUCCUCCUCAUCACACUGCCAAUGCUCUCCCGCCCCACCUCAUGUCUUCCCUCAAAACCGCAUUUAACGACUCAACCUCUAGCUUCACCACAAUCCUCAAAACUUUGAACCCAGAUUUACUCAUCCAUGACUAUGUUCCUCUCUGGGCACCGGUUCUUGCUUCAUCCAUGAACAUUCCGGCUGUUCAGUUCUUAAGUGUAGGCGCAACAAUGGCUUCAUUCGCAAUGCAUUUUUCUCAGAACCCUACUAUUAAUUUUCCUUUUCCAUCCAUAUAUCUCCGGAAUCAUGAACAAGAGAAAUUCAAACUCGUACUUGAAGCUGUUAAUAGAAGCAAACAGAUAGCUCCGGCGCAAAAAUGCCCUGAAAACUCUUCAAACAUGAUUUUGAUCAAGAGUUUCAGAGAAAUUGAAGGAAAAUACAUCGAUUACCUCUCGGCUUUAACCAAGAAAAAGGUCGUCACCGUCGGUCCACUAGUUCAAGACCCAAUUGAUAAUCCAAUCACGGAUUCUGAAUUCAUCAAAUGGCUUGACAAAAAGGAACCAUUUUCCACAGUUUUCGUUUCAUUUGGCAGUGAAUACUGUCUCUGCAAGGAAGAAAUAGAAGAAAUUGCUCAUGGAUUGGAACAGAACAAGGUUAAUUUCAUCUGGGUUCUUAGGUUUCACGUGGAACUGGAGAAAAUCGGCUUCAAAGAGGCACUCCCAGAAGGGUUUAUUCAGAGAGUUGGAAACAGAGGAAAGGUAGAUGAGAGAUGGGCGCCGCAAUCGAGAAUUUUAGGGCAUCGCAGCAUUGGUGGGUUUGUGAGUCAUUGUGGAUGGAGCUCGGUGAUGGAGAGUAUGAAAAAUGGGGUUCCCAUAAUUGCUAUGCCUAUGCAUUUUGAUCAGCCAUUGAAUGCGAGGUUGGUUGAAGAAGUGGGGGUUGGGAUUGAGGUCAAGAGAGAUGGGAACGGGAGACUCCACCGGAAAGAGCUGGCCGAAGUUAUCAGAGCGGUGGUUAAGGAGGAAAGUGAAACCGGUGAGAAAGUGAGACGACGGGCAAAGGAAGUGAGGGAAUGCUUGAGAUGCAAAGGUGAUGGAGGGAUGGAUGACGUCGCGGAGGAACUGUUUGCGACCAUGCAACAUACAAGUGUAAAAUUGCAAUUCUAAGCCCAAGACACUUAGCACAUAUCGUUAAAACUUAAAAUGUCCCUAAUGCCUUCUCUUCUUUCCCCUUUUCUCUCCCUUCUCUCUUGUUUUUGCUUCUCUUCUCCAG